AUCCCUUACCAGCCUUACAAGCUCCACCCAUCUAGAAUCUCUUGGAUACCUCUCCCUUCUGGAUGCUCAAGCUUGGAAAAAUUUUCAGUAACCUCAAAAAAUUGUGAGUUUGAAUUGAAUCUAGCAGCAACAGCCAUCAAUGAUGAAAUGUUCUCAUCCAGUGGGCAUCUCAGCAAAAUGCAUACAUUAUGUCUAAACAGAUGCGCAAGCUUGGCAAAUCUUCCCUAUAAGUUGGCUGACCUGCGUAAUCUUAGAAAGCUUCAAAUUAUGGGUUGCAACAAGUUAGCAUCGAAUCUACAUUUCAUAUUUGAUGGGUCACGUGCUUUGGAAGCUGUAGAAGUUGACGAUUGCAGUGGGUUAUUUGAACUGCCUGACAACAUCUACUUGCUUGCAUCAUUACGCAAGCUACAUCUCUCAAGUACUAAUGUAAAGACCUUGCCUGUAAGUAUCAAACAUCUUUUGAGACUGCAACGUCUUGAGUUGGAUGAUUGUAAAAGGCUUCGUUCUCUACCAGAACUCCCUCCCUCCAUUCGAUGGUUGAUAGCCAGUGAUUGCCGAUCCCUUAAGACCGUACAUUUAACUUCAACAAUUGACGACCAUCAGGUAGAAGAAGGAGAUGAAGACGCAUUCAUAUGCUUUAACUUCACAAACUGCAUGAAGUUGGACCGGGAUUCAAUAAAAAGUAUUGAAGCAAAAGUGCUACUUGAGAUGAAUAAAGCCACACCCAUUCCUAAUGUCUCGCUUGCUUACCCAGGAAAUAAACUUCCAGAGUGGUUCAUGUAUAGGACAAAGCAGUCUUCCAUAGUUUUGGAUCUCUCUUCGAUUCCACAACCUUGGGAUGGCAGUUUCAUCUUCUGCGCCAUUGUUUCUAAAUCACUCCACUUUGAUGAAAUUAAAGCCGACUGUUAUAUCGAUAGACUACAUAUUGGUCAUGCAACCUUCUCAUAUACGGAUGAGUUACACGGAUCCUUCUCAUACACAGCUGAGUUAUUUUCAGACCAUGUUAUUUUUUGGAAAGGGUCAGUAGAAACGACAAUUGGAGAAAGGAAAACAGAUACCCAAAGCCGCACUUGUCAUCCAUUGCUUGAAAUAAAAUUCAGACUUAUUUUUGAUGGUGAAGAAUAUGAAGAUAAAUCGAUGGAGGUCAAAGAGUAUGGGUUUGCCCAAUGUCAGCACCUGAAUGUCAAAACUAUAUUCAACAAAUGAAGUUGGCAUUGCGGCCACAGCCUAAUUCUAUUGAAUUGGAUUUUAGUUGCUCUUAUUACAGGACAAGUCAUUCUACCAUGCAUGAUGAGCUCCACAAAGUUGUAAUAGGGGCUUGUUGCUCAAGAAAGCGCAAAUAUGACAACAUAGAUCUUGAAGAAUUUGAAGAUUUGGAUUCAGAUUAAAAUUAAGGAACUGCCCAUUCCUUGGAAUCCAACAUUUAGCUUUAACGAGCGAAGAUGAAGAAGGAAAAGAAGUAAAUUGUGAUGAUGAGGAUGAAGUUUAUUUAUAUCCGUAGCUGUAGAAGCAAAAGCCAUCCUUGAGAUGAAUAAGGGCAUUUAUAGUAGGACUAUGAUGGAAUAUCCAGGAAACAGAGUUUCAGAGUGGUUCAUGUAUGGGACUACACAGUCUUUCCUAAAUGUGUGGAUCCCUAUUCAAUUGCAUAACCUUGAGAUGGUGGUUUCAUUUUCUGUGCUGUCGUUUUUAAAACACCACCCAAUGCAUACAUUGAUUAUGUUAUUGAUGGCACUUAUGCU